AAGAAAUAGAGGGAGGGGCUGGGCUGCAUGCUGAGCUAGCUGAUCCUGAUAUAAAAUCAGCUAGCUAGAGUGCCUCCUAUAGAUAACAAUGAUAUCUAACGAGGAGGCAAGAAGUAUACUGAAUAAUACCAUUUUUCCAGAUGAAAGUGAUCCUACAUACUCCUAUUGUCUUUCCAAGACCAAAAGAAAGAAUGCAGUGUUGUCAAGAAGUGAGCAUUGUAACAUUGCAGCAGCUAUCCAGAUACAGAGUGUCUGGAGAGGUCACAGGACUAGGCAAAAGCUAAGAACUAUCUUUGGAUGUCAAUCUUCAGAAAAGUCACUUGACUGCUUCUGCCCUAGAGUGAAGUCCAGAUAUGAGGAGUACCUUCGCUGGUGUCACGAGCAGGGUCUGGAUCUCAAGUCCUCCUCAACUAUCAUAUCGUUUGAGGAUUACUGUGCUAGGAUCAUCCAGUCAUGGUGGAAGAGGCUUGAUGUUAAAAGGCGUCGGCAAGAGGGCUCUUGGCGUGGAGGUAUGCGUUCUAGGCCCUCUAGGAGCUCUGCCAUGGGUAAAGGUAGGAGGAGGUUGGAUCCUCACAAUGCUGCAGUUAUCAUUCAGAGAGCAUGGAGGAGACAUAAUGAUGUGAGAGUGUACAAGUUCUACAGAGAUCUUAUCAACUUUAAAGGCAAGGGUGAUCCCAAGAUGAUGCUACGUUGCAUCAAUCCUGCUGAGGCCAAACUAUUUGAUAGGGCCGCUGGAGCACAUGUUAAGUUUAGAUUGGGAGGGGUGACCUUUCCACCUAACAUAUACUACAAGGUGUUCACUCUUCGACCCAUUGUGGACCUGUGUGCGUACAGUCCCAGAGACUACACAGCCAUGGCGUACAAGCAGAAGCUACCACGAGACGUACAUAAUCGUGGAAAAGGAGCACCCCCUUCGAACGAUAAAGCUAACUGGUAUAAGAGGCACGAGAAUAAUGGCUGGAGACCUGUGUCUGACAGAGUCUUUCUGAGCACCCAUCUAGAUCCUAUCACUGUGGAAACAUCAGCAAAACAGAAGAGCUUUCAUUAUUCCAAAGUGAAGAGAAAGGAUGAGCUAGAGAGAAAAAGAAAGCAGAAAAAGAUUGGAUGGCUAAGAAAAAUGUACCAAGAAGGAAUGUUACAGGCCCACAGCACUACCACCACAUCUGCUGUCCAGUUGGCAGCUGACCAGCUUAUGGAGUUAUCUGACACACACCCUGAGGUGGUCGAGGAUGAGGACAUUGAUGAUCUACUGUCCUGGACCAACGCACUUAACUUUGACGAGUACAUCACAGACUGGCAUAUUUCGGCUUCUACUACAUUUUCAGACAUGCAAGGAAAACAAGAUCCAUACGAGCUCACAUUAACUGCACCAACUUAAUUAUUGUCCAUUACAUAAUUAUUGUGUUGAAUAUUAAAUUAAUGUCCAUUAUUGUAAUUCAUUAUGAAAAAAACACUAAAAAAAACAACAAAAGUUAAAAUAAGAGUUUAUUAAU